AUGAAAGCUGAGAUCUCAGAUAUGAGCCAGUGGACAGAGGUGGAUUUGGAAGAGAAGUGCACCUACAUUGUAAAUGACCAACCGGCGGACCCAGCAAAAUAUGCUGAGAUCCCUCUGGCCAGAGCUUCCAUACCCCGAAACCUUACCUUCAAGUACACAGCUACCAAUGAGGUGAUUGGAGUCAUUAGCAGGGAAUACAUCCCCCAAGGGACACGUUUUGGGCCAUUGGUCGGGGAUAUUUACACCAAAGACAAUGUCCCAAAGAACAUAAACCGAAAAUAUUUCUGGAGGGUGUAUUCCUCCGGGAGUCUCAGUCAUUUUCUGGACGGGUAUAAUGUGUGUAAAAGUAAUUGGAUGCGGUACGUAAAUCCCGCACAAUCGGCUGAAGAGCAGAAUUUAGUCGCCUGUCAGAAUGGCACCGAUAUUUACUUCUACACCGUGAAGCCAAUCCCUCCCAGCAAUGAGCUGCUGGUCUGGUACAGCCGGGAGUUUGCUGAGAGAUUGAAUUAUCCUCCGACCCGGGACCUGGUGAUGCUAAAACUCAAACAUAAUCUCAAGGGAUACAAGGAUCUGGUGUCUGAAUUCACUGGCCAGCUACCUCAGAACCGAGAAGACAUACAAGAAGGCCAAAAACAGUAUGCUAACGACACAAAGAAUGAGGAAGAAAAGGUGGAUGUGGAGAUAAUUGACAGAGAUACGCCACCCAUCACUCCUGAUGACGAAAUUGCGGAUUUCAGUAAAAAGUUUUAUCCAGGUGUAGAGACCAGACAUCUACCAGAAGAAAAUAGCUCAAAGAUAAAUGAUGUUAAUGACAAGGAAAGGUCAUUGGAGAGAACCAGCCCUUUAUACAGAACCAGUCCAAACCAAAGAUCAAAAAGUCCUGUUGUUGAACAAAGCCCUCAGAUUUUGUCUCUCAAUUCAACUACCUCAUCUCAGAAAGAACUCCCUCUACAUUUGAAUGGAUGUCACAGUCAUGCCGAGGGCCUGGUCUCUUACCCAAUGUACUCACCUCCAAGUCAUGUCCAGCAACAGUAUAUGUAUCCAUAUAGCACGCUGUCUCCUCACUACCCUCGAUUAAUAUUGCCCAACUAUUCACCUGCUUUCAACAGUUUUCACACGCUGAACAGUCCAGGCACUUUGAACAAUGUGAACAAUCUUAGCCUGUUUGGCAGGAUGGCCCCAGUCUGUGGCAGUUUUGUGAAUGGAGACUAUCUGCCUCAUCCCAUGAUGAGCCAGCCUGUUCUGCCGGUCACACUGUCUAAUGAAGAAGGCCAAAGGCUUCAUGUCCCUGAGCAGCCAAGGCGCCUCCUUAUCCCUGCCCCGACCAGUGCUUUCUCACCCACAGGUCCAGCAAUGGACCUGAAGGAAAGUCCUCAUGACCAUUCACCACCAUCCGGUACCUCAAUAACCUCUGAGCUGUCGAUGCCACUAAAAACUACCUCCUGGAUUCCAGCAAGCGAGGAAGCGAUAAAUCUGAGCAAACCAAAGAUUUCUCUGGCAGAUUCCCCUGGUUAUAAAUCACUUCCAUACCCACUGAAGAAACAGAAUGGGAAGAUCAAGUAUGAGUGCAACGUGUGUUCAAAGACCUUCGGUCAGCUAUCGAACCUAAAAGUCCACCUGAGGGUCCACAGUGGAGAGAGACCUUUCUCAUGCCACACGUGCAAUAAGACAUUUACACAACUUGCUCAUCUCCAGAAGCAUUAUCUGGUGCACACCGGAGAAAAGCCUCAUCAGUGCCAGGUGUGUCACAAACGUUUCAGUAGCACCAGUAACUUGAAGACUCACCUCCGUCUCCACUCUGGGGAAAAGCCCUAUCAGUGCAAGCAGUGUUCGGCAAAAUUCACCCAGUUUGUUCACCUCAAGCUGCACAGACGCCUGCACAACAAGGAACGGCAACACAGGUGUCACUUCUGCUCCAAGAGCUACAUCCACCAGUGCAGCCUGAAAAUCCACCUGAAAGGCAAUUGCUCUAUGGCCUCGGUGAGCAGCUUGUCCAAGGAGGAACUCCUCAGGAUUGACAAUGUGAUUGAUAACUUCGACAUGAGUGAACGUGCAGAAAGAUUGGAUGAGAGCGCCACUGCAACAGAGGUGGAAGUGGUAACUGAGCAGCUUCUAGCUGCUGGCCUAGAGAAGGGCUACAAAGAGGACCCAUUCAAAGCAACAUGUCACAAGAGCAAUGGAGACAACCUUCCAUCCAUUGGCUUCCAUGAGAGGACCAAAAAUCUAAUGUUAUUCCACCAUAGUUCACCACCUCGUCUGCCUGUCAGGGUCAAGCAAGAAGCCAGUUUAUAAUUGCACAUUAGUUAUCAUGUGCCAGGACUAAUAUGAUGAGUUCUUCAGUAAACAGGGUUAACCACUGGAGCACAUAUGACAUAGCUGACUGUUUUGGGAAACUACAAGAAAAAAAUCAUGGCAGUGAGGAAAUUGAAUCACACAAAUUUUUGUGUGUGAUUUACGUACUUCCAGUCAUAAUAUAGUGUUUAUAUGUAUCUGUGUGCAUGUAUGUUUGUUUUAGUUUAGUUGUCCUCUUGUUAUGUUAUAGAAUCUGGUAAAUUGUGAAUCCAUUCUCUUGUCCUUGUGAGUUCCUAUUGAUUCAGUCAGACCAAAAAAAUUACCCAAACACACGGCCUUUACUGGGUCUGGAUGACAUAUAGACCCAGCCUCUGCUGUAAUAGUUCUGCUUUCAAUGCUGUCUCAGGGUGUGUUAGAUAUAUUUAUGCAACAGAAAAUGGUAUAUAUUUUUAUUAGUUAAGAGACAAUCAGAUAUGAGUUUAUUCUUCUAAGGUCUAUAUCUUAUUUAUUAAGACACAAAGCAUUGCUUUUAUUUUAAAUAAAGUUCACAGUGACUAAAAUGUGGGAUAAUUGAUUGAUAUCUGUGAUGCUAGUAAUAAGAAAAUUGAAUUAUUUCAAAACCCAAUGUGACAAAUAGGCAUCAGAAGAACAAAUUGUUUUCAGGCCUUGAUAUUCCUACCUGUCAAUUUUGAGUUUAUCCAAUGGUCCCGUUUACUCUCAGUCUGAAUAUUUGUGUGAGAUAACAUAGAAACAGUCAAGUGUAACACUGUGUUAUUAGCCAAGCUUGCAUGGGCUGAGAAGACUGAAGGUUCUAUAAAUGGAAGUGAUUGGAUCCUUCUGAAUUCAGCCAGCAAAUUACAUGCAGUCUUACAGAUUGAACUCUUGCAGUUUAGUUGUGAGGGUGAAGUUCAAAAGUGGGGUGAGAUAUUAUUAAAUUAAUUCCUUUCCCACCAAGUAUCAAGAAAUUUCUCUUUGGUUUGGGACUGGAGAAUUCACAGUGUGUGGUGUGUGUAGAAGGUAGUGAGGAUAGAUUGCUGCUGGAAGAGGAAAGUAUUUUGAUGGCAAAUCCUUCAUCCUCCAGUGUUUGAACAGCAGAUUUGUUUCAUAUUUGUGGGUUUUUUUUUGUUAAUUGCCUCCUAUUCAGCUCAUUCAUUCACAUUCUGACCAUUCUGCAAUGAAUGAUUCAGGUUUCCUAUGAUAUCUUCAAAAAAAUAUGCGUACCAAUAGAAACACAAAAUUGCUCCAACUCUAAAUCUUUAUGUCCCUUUUGGUCCUCCGGUGUUCUGCUCCCACCACUAUAUUAUGCACUUCUCUGCCUUUACAGGGGCUGGACAUGAGACAGAGCUUCUUCUCAAUAAGCACUUGCAAGCUGCCAGUCACCACUAAAACUGGCAAAAUAAAACUAAUUGCAUUCCUUAUCUUUAUAAAAUCGCCGUCAAAGCAGGGCAUAUUAUGGUACACGGCCUGUGUUUUUACAUAGGGUGUUGUGAAGUUUGCAUUAGUGUUAGAGCUAACUACGCUUAAACUGAGUGUGUAUCAGAUAGAAGGGGCAGGGAUUGGAAUAGCAUCCACCCUUUUAAAGCCAAAAUCUGCUGAAACCACCUAACUGUAUGACAAGAAUUUCAACAAAGGUUUCUUUAUUCUUCUGACGUACUUUAUAGCUGGCUGAAUGAUGUCAAAUCAAAAUGGAUUCAGAAGCAACAAGACUAAAAAUACACACAUUGUUUUUCAGAUGCGUAUACAAAUGCCAAAAAAACAGACCUUUGAGGCUUAGACUUGGAAUAAUGUGGUUUAACCAAGUCCUAGAGUGGCUAAGUAGAGCAUAAGUUUUUUAACCUGUUACUAGUUAUUGUGAGUAGGUAACCAGUAAAGAUUGCUCAGGGCAAGAUACUUUUUUGAAAAUAAAGACUGUAAAGAAAUUGCUACUUUUGACAAUUAGAAGUUAGUUUUCGUAAAAAAAAAAUAGAAAAAUUCAACACAUCUUCACGGAAAAAUCCAAUAGUCAUGCGCUGUGCUUUAAACCUGACUCUUGCAGCCUGACAAAGGGAUUCCAUUUCUCAAUUUUACUGUUUGCUUUGAGAGCAUGAAUUUAUAUUUUGUCUUUUACAUUGGAUUUAGAUUUGAAUGUUUGAGUGUUGUUUCCAUGGAAACCACUAGUGGAAUGCUGUCGCCCAAACACAAGGGAGCAAUCAUCCAAUGGACAUUAUAAUUGAACAGUUGUGUCCAAAUUCAUCUUUGAUUCUGUCAAGCUACAGGAAAAGUAUACAUCUCCCAGCUUUACUUUUAUAGGUUUCCCUGUUAACCGUAAUUUCUGUGAUUACUAUUAGCCAUAUGUCUACUCUGGUUAAAAAGUAUGCUGCAAUUUUUUUCCAAUUUCAGGGGAGUUAACAUGUGGUUUUCUUGGCUACUCAUGGUUUAAAAGUAAUGUCCAUGGCUCCUCUGAAUCUCAUGAUUUCACAAGAUUUUUGAUGGGCGGCAUCCAUAACUCUGAUAGACCCAUGGCUUCAGUGGUUUCCAUGGCAAAAUGAAAGCCCUGGCAAUAUGUAAACCAAAGCAGUACUUUUCUUCAACUGGGUCCACUUGAAACAUUCCUUUUUGAUGUAUUUGUUUACUAAAGGUGCAGUGAAUUCACUUAAAUAUAUCAUGAACCUCCUUGACUCUUUUCCAGCAAUCCAUUAUACUGUGAAAUAUGCUGCCACAUGGGCUUAUGCUGAACUUGAUGUGUGUUUACAAUGUACCAUUGACCCUUUGCAGUAUGGAAUUCCAAACCAUUCAGCACUGGGUUCAAAGAGCAAAGAUCAGGGAUCUUAAAGAAUCUCAAUAUAGGGGCUUUAAUUCAAAUAUCUUCAGAUUGUUAGUGGUGAACAAUUGGACUAUUUUAAAAUAAGGAGCACAAUAGUCUGAAAAGGCUGUUUUGUGAAGUGCUGCUCUUUUGAUUUGAGCUGUUCCACACAUUGCACACAUGGUAUAGGAACAGGAGUAUGCUACACAGAUCCACCCCCACCAUCACCAGUACCUCCUUCCGCCCCACCUCACACACACAAAAUUAAUUAUUAAUGAUCUCCAGCCUUUCCUUGACUAAAUGUGACUCAGGUUUAAGAUUUUAAGAAAAAUCCGUCUGAUUAAUCAGAUUGUUCAGUUUCUACCUCUACCCUUAUCUUUAUUUCUUCAGUGUUCUUCCAGAACUAGCUCAGGGCUAUCAAGUCAUACGGUUCAGUGCCAACUUAUGUCACUAGAGUUAGCUGUUAUCUUUAAGAAGCUGGGGGACAGUUGGUUUGUGAUGCAGAGUGAUGCUAACAAUGUGGGUUCAAUUCCAGCACUAGUUGAGGUCACCAUGAAGAUUGCCGUCUCAACCUGUGCCCUCGCCUGAGACAUGGCGACCCUCAGGUUAAACUCACUGCCUGUUAUCUCUCUCUAAUGAGAGUGGGACUAUGGUGACUUAACCUUUACCUUUAAACAGACAUCCAACAGCAGUAAGGAGAUGAUCUCAUGUGGUAUGAGCAGGCCCAAGCCUGCCCCUGUAUUAUUAUCUGCUGAUUGAUGUUCCACAGCAGCUAGUGGCUCCCUUCGCACAAGUACAACUAGGACAGAAUCUUAGGAGACAUCAGAAUGAAUCUGCUGUCUGCUUUGUGGAGCAUUUCCUGUGACUACUUCCUCUUCAGGCAAACACUUUUUGUAAUUAUUUUCACAGCAUCUUUGAAAGAUUCAGUCACAAGCCAAUCUUUUAAAAAAUAAAAUAUCUUUAAUUCCUUCACUUGCACUGUCCAAAAACUCAAGCAAUCAUUGGCUUAAAGUGAGUAAAGAAAAAACCCAGAGGACCAUGUGCCAGAAUCAUGACCAGAGCAGCAAGGUGACAAAUCCAUAUGGGAUAGGUAUCUGCAGGAACAACGGUAAUAUUCAGCCAGUGUCAGGCAAUCAAUUAUGUAUCCCUUUACUCCAUAAAUAAGUCUAAUUUUUUAUCACACUUAAAUCCCAAAUCAGUUAAAAAGGCCUCAUGUUUAGAAGCAGGAACGAAUAUAAUGUCACUUCUUCCAUACAAAGCUUUAGCUUGUAGUCAAGUGUAGAAAUUAUAUUUCACUGCUAUUUGGAUUACCACUAAAUAUUGCAACAAUGAACACCUAUGUAGGUAUUGAUGACAGCACUGGUGGUAACUUCUUUUCUAUGAUCUAUGUACCCAAAUAACUAGCUUGCAGUUAUAAAGAAUCAACAGGCAUUGCAGCAGUAGGAACAUUAGUAUUGGCAUUUUCAUUCUAGAUUAAAGGACAUUAAAGACUCCCCCAAAGAAAAUGACAAUUGUCAGCAUGGACAUGGACAGCAGUGACAAACCUAAAGCCAAUUGAUCAACAAAUAAGCAACUCUCCCCCAAAGACACUGAGGAAGUUUACACUGAGUCACUGCACCUCUAUCUCUUCCUCUCAAGAAAACCAAAUGUUGUUGGAUAAGUAUCUGGGGUCAACAGAUGGAAAUCAGGCUGUUCUUAGUUGAGAUGUUCAACUUCCUUUAACUUGAAUCAAACAGCAGGUCAAAAAUGUUACAGGGACAGAAUGACAUACAUAUUUGCACCAAAGUUACAGGAUAGUUCUUUUUUGCAACUUCACUUACUUUGGGUAUCAAAUGAAGUGUUUUGUACAGAAAGACCUUUUGUAAAAUUAUGUUUACAUGUGGUUUACAUUUUAUUUAUGUUAAAUUUCUCAUAUGUAGCUGUGACUUAAAUUAAACAUGUUCAUUUCUA